CCUGAAAGUUUAAACAAACCAGAGAGCCGGCAGCAUUGAGCAGAGCUCACACACACAUACACACACACGCACACACACACACACACACUCAUAUUAAUAUAGUAGUUUAGCGCUGAGGAAAUUCUAGUGAGCUGGAGAGCGAAGCUGAGAGUGAAACAUCUGUACCUGAUAAUUGAAGGAGAACCAGCCGGGGACUUCCCAGGACAGAGCUGGAGGAGUGGGGAUAAAACAGACCAGACCUUUGCAACCCCCUGCAAACUUUCACCCUCCCAACCCUUGUCUGCCCAGCCUGACUGAAGCUACUCAUUUUCCAGUGGCCAGAGGAUCUCACUCUCAGACAUUAGCUCACAGAUUGAGAGGCUUCAUCACCAGUGGCUACAGCUGCACCGAUGGAAGCCCCAACCUUGGCUGAGAUGGGAGACUUGUGUCACCCCCGGUCUUCCUCUCCAGAGGGGGAGACAGUGUGUGCAGCACUAGCCCGUUAUGAAAACACUCUGAGAGAUGCCAUUAGGGAGAUCCAAGUGGACGUCAGCACUUUUAAGCUGGGCAUGGAGCGUCGUCUAGAGGAGACAGCCAACCUGAGCGGGCCUCUUGGACGAGCUGUGGCGCAGCUCCAGCAGGAGAACCGGCAGCUCAGGAGUCAGCUGGAGGCUCUCACCCUACAGGUGGAGCUCCUGAGUGGGAUGAUGUGUGACAGGAGCACCUUGCUUAACAACAGCCACAUUCACAGUCAUAAUCACAAGAAUCACCUCAGUGACAUUCAGGAGAACCAUCAGGAGAUAAAAGAGGUGAUCUAUGGGAAGGGUGAGGCUCACACUCAGAGCCAGGCUCUGGUCCACAUCCAGCCCUGCAACCUGGGGAGCAAAGCCCAGACCUACAGUGGCCUCAGCAGUCAGUCCAGUCCUGCGUCUCCACCUGCCUCCUUCUCAUCCUCCCCCAGCUCCAGCAGUCCUUCUGUUGGCUCCAGAGUUUCCUCCAUGGUGACGGGCCCGGUGUCAAGCAGCAGCCCCUCCACUGCCCGCUUCUCCAGCCGAGCCACAUUCGCCGUUUCCAGCAAGACUAACAGUAUUGAGCGUGAGGAGCCAAUAGAGGUGGACCCCACCCCAACACAUGCUGGACUGGAGAAUGGACAUGCUGCUACCACAGAACAUUCAGAGUUGGUACACGGAAAAAUCUCUCCACCCAAUGACUUCCCACACGAGCACACAGCCCCUGUCGCCAUGCGGAUGCCCCACCUCCCCAUCACCGCCACCACCAAGACGGCAGAAAUGAAGGGCCCCGACUCUCCCAGCAGCCCUGUCGGUUCUCGCUCCUCUCCAGUCCCUGAGGCUUCACCUACCGGCCAAUCAGCUGCUAGCACCAACCAGACCCAACCAAUAGAGGAGUCUUCAAUUCAACCAGUGUCUUCUACAUGGACCCCGACACCUACCAGAGCUCUGGGAUCGCCCCGCCUUCAAGAUAAAGCAAAUUUAGCCCCAGCUAAGUCUGUCACCUACUCAGGGCUAUUGCAGCAUGACAGAGACGGUGAUGUAAGCGGCGACAGAUCCUUUGGGCAGGUCGGAGAGAGGAGGCGGGAGUUGGUGAGGUCACAGACUCUGCCACGUAACAUUGGCGCUCAGGCUCGUCGAUCCAUCUUUGAAAGGCUGGACUCUGAAGCCAGUAACAGUCGCCCCAAACCAGUGGACUCCAAACCCAAACUGAAGCGGUCUCAAAGUUUUGGGGUGUCCAGUGCCAGCAGCAUCAAACAGAUUCUUCUUGAGUGGUGUCGCUCCAAGACCAUAGGCUACCAGAACAUUGACAUCCAGAACUUCUCGUCCAGCUGGAGCGAUGGGAUGGCUUUCUGCGCUUUGGUCCACUCCUUCUUCCCCACUGAGUUUGACUAUAACGCUCUGGUGCCCGCCAACCGCAAACACAACUUUGAACUGGCCUUUGGAACUGCAGAAGUAAAGGCAUGCUGCGACCGGCUGAUCGAGGUGGAGGACAUGAUGAUCAUGGGUCGUAAACCAGACCCCAUGUGUGUCUUCACCUACGUCCAGUCCCUCUACAACCACCUGCGCAAGUUUGAGUGACGCUUAAAAGCAAAAGGAUGUAAUUUCCUGUGCUCUUCUCCUUUUAGACUUCACCGUUUUUAACCUCUUCCUUGUUCUUUGUACCAAUCUGUGAGCUGACUGGAGAUCCAGAGCGGGCAUGGGAGAACUUUGAAAAGACUACACUGCCCUCUGCUGGUAGAUUAGUGAAUAUUCCUUCACAUGCUGCAGGAAAAGUGCUCACAUACACAGUGGACAGUGACUCAUGGGGAUAAUAAUGUGUAUGUGCGUGUCCUCUAAUGUUAACUGUAAUAUGAAGAAGAUGAAUUUACAAGUAAUGUCUGGGUUGGUUUGUCAACAGUAGUUUUUUUGUGUGUGUGUGUAGUUGAGAUAUAUUAAACAAGUUGGACAAAGGUUUCAACUGUUUGUGUUUUAUAAAUCUUUGUUGUCAUAACACAUGCCCGUUUGAAAGUGAGUGUCCAUAUUAAUCUUUAAUAUUUCACCAAAGGAGAGGAUGUAUGUUUCACAAAUGUAACUGUAUAACUAAACUGUUUGUGAUGAAGCAGAGCACACGGUGGGGCAGAAUAGCUGACUUAAUAAAAUGAUAUGUUGCUGACUGAUAUUUACAUCCACAUAUGCUGUGACAUUGGGUUAUUGAGAUAAUGUUGAAAUAUGGCAUAUUAAAUCAAUAAAUUGUACUGUGUGACACUUUAA